AUGAUUCGCUUGGCGUUUUUUGGCUUAGCCAUUGUUUUAUGCGUAUCAGCGGGUGGCAUUGAUGAGGAAGACAACGUUUUGGUUUUAACCAAAGGCAAUUUUAAAGAAGCCAUCAAAGAUAAUGAAUAUGUUUUAGUGGAAUUUUAUGCUCCUUGGUGCGGCCAUUGCAAGUCACUAGCUCCCGAAUAUUCCAAAGCAGCAGGUCAGCUGAAAGAAGAGGGCAGUGCCAUUAAACUGGCCAAAGUAGAUGCAACAUCCGAGCCUGAGUUGGCCGAAGAAUACGGAAUCCGAGGUUACCCAACCUUGAAGUUUUUCAGGAAUGGAACUCCCAGUGAAUAUGCAGGAGGUCGACAGGCCGCAGAAAUAGUGAGCUGGUUACUGAAGAAGACAGGACCCCCUGCCACUGUUCUCAACAGCAAAGCAGAAACAGAUGCAUUCAAAGAGUCGGGAGAAGUUGUCGUCGUUGGAUUUUUUAAGGACCAAGAAAGCCCCGAAGCCAAGGAAUUCCUGAAAGUGGCCAGUGCUCUCGAUGACGUCAGGUUUGGGAUCACCUCCAACAGUGAUGUGUUUGCUGACAACAAAGUGGACAAGGAUACCGUUGUUAUCUUCAAAAAGUUUGACGAAGGCCGCAGUGUUUAUGAUGGAGAACUCAACGAGAAUGAAAUCAGGUUGUUUAUUUCUGCAAACAAACUUCCACUUGUGAUUGAGUUUACUCAGGAGUCUGCACAGAAAAUAUUUGGAGGUGAAGGAAAGAACCACCUUCUUCUGUUUUUGAAAAAAGAGGGCAAUGAACCGGCCAUUAAAGACUAUGGUGUGGUUGCAAAGGACUACAAAGGAAAGGUUCUGUUCAUUUUUCUGGAUACAGAAAAAGAAGAUAACGCACGUAUCAUGGAAUUCUUCGGUCUCAAACCUGAGGAGGUGCCUGCUGUGAGGUUGAUAACUCUUGCCGAGGAUAUGACCAAGUAUAAACCCACCUCCGAGGGAGUUGAUGCAGACACCAUUAGGAAGUUUGUCAACGAUUUUCUGGAAGGAAAACUGCGGCCACAUCUCAUGUCUGCUGAACUUAAGGACGACUGGAACAAAGGCCCAGUCUGGGAACUUGUGAGCUCAAACUUCAAAGAAGUUGUUACAGAUAAGUCCAAGGCAGUGCUUGUGGAGUUUUAUGCUCCAUGGUGUGGUCACUGCAAACAGCUGGUUCCCAUUUAUGAGGAGCUGGGACAACACUACAAGGACAAUGACAACAUUGUCAUUGCCAAAAUGGACGCAACUGCUAAUGAGGUCGAAGAUGUCAAAGUUACCAGUUUCCCCACUUUGAAGUAUUUCCCUGCUAAUCGGGAUGAGAUUAUUGAUUAUAAUGGUGCUCGGACGUUGAAUGACUUCAUCAAGUUUCUUGACAGUGAUGGCAAAGAGGGAGCUGGCACAACAGAA